ACAGGGGUCUCUGGGAUGCCGGGAGUAUAUGGGAGUGGCACAGGGGAUGGUGGAGGGACGGUGGGGAUAUGGGGCACAGAGGGGCAGGAUGGGGUGAGGGACACAAGGUGGACCUAGGAGUGGCAGUAGGACAGUGGAGACACAGGGGAUGGCAGAAGGGCCACAGAGAGAACAGAUUGUUACCAAGGGUGGCAGAGGGGCUCUGGACCGUGGUGGGGGGUGACAGGGUGACAGGGCUGUGGCGUCUCCAGAGGGUGCUGGUGGUGUUCCCGGUGUCCCUGCGUGUCCCACUGCCAUGUGGCCGUGCCUGCUGCUCACUCUCGCCCUGCUGGGCACUGUCCCUGCCAGCCACCCCGGUGAGUGUCUGUCCCCCUGCCCCACUGAGUGCCCCCCACACCCCUGCCCGCUCCCAGGGACACCCUGGGGACACCCUCAGUCCCUGCCACCCCAGUGCCAUGCCCACACCGCCCAUGCCACACACCUGGGGCUGGCAGUGGGUGGCAGAGGGACCCCCGGUACCAACCCUCCCCUGCUGUGCCCUGCAGCCCCCCGCCAGCCCCAGGGGGUGCCCGCUGGUGAGACCGCCCCGCUGCACUACACCGUGGUGAAGAAGCUGCGCACCUACUCAGGCGCCCAGCGCUACUGCCAGGAUGUGUACCGCGGCCAGCUGGCCUCCGUGCACAGCGCCGCCCGCAACCAGGAGCUGCAGAAACUGGCACAGACCUACAACAUCCUCCUCGCACCCUGGAUUGGAGCUGUCACCAGCCGCAGGGUGAGGGGACUCUGGGGACAAGGGCUGCCCAAGGGGUGCUGGGGGCUGCCUUGGGGGGUGAGGGGCUGGGGAUGGGGUGCUGGGUGCUGGGGCUGCUUUGUGGGGGACGAGCCUGGGGCUGGAGGCUGGGUUUUGAGGCAUGAGCGGCUGGCUGUUGGUUGCUGGGGCUGGUUUUUGGGGUCGAGGGGCUGACUGGGGUGGUGGAGGCUCUCCCUGGGGACUGAGGUGUUGGCACAGCAGGCAGGGCGGUGGGAGUCCUACU